AUGUCACAUGGUUUCUCUAGAGGAAAUGCAGACAACACCCUGUUCAUCAGGUACUUAACUGAAGGUAUAUUUGUGGCCCAAAUAUAUGUGGACGAUAUUAUUUUUGGUUCAACUUGUGCAAGUGAAAUUCCUAAGUUUGUUGACCUCAUGACUAGUGAAUUCGAAAUGAGCUUAAUUGGGGAUCUUAGCAAUUUCCCAGGACUUCAAAUCAAACAAUUAGAGACUGGUAUUUUCAUUUCUCAAUCCAAGUAUACCAGAAACAUGUUAGAGAAGUUUGGUCUAGGAAACUCAAAGCACGCCCAUACACCCAUAGGCACAACUACUAAGUUGACCAAAGAUGAAACUGGCGAGUAUGUAGAUCCAACUAUGUACAGAAGUAUGAUAGGAAGUCUCCUCUACUUAACUGCAAGUCGUCCUGGCAUUAGUUGUAGUAUUGGAAUGUGUGCUUGA